AUGUUUGGAGGAGAUUCUGCCCUUCCUUUUUCUCGCCACUCUGACGUAUUGCAUGGGGCCGUGCCAACGGACCCCAAGGAGUUGGAGAAUCUUGUAGCGGAGCUCAAACGCCGAGGCAACGCCGCUUUCCAGCAGAACGCGUUGGAGGAGGCCGAAGUUCUCUACACGCGAGCCAUCACUAUCAACGAGAGCGAUCCGCUGCACCAGCAGCAUAUUUUCUUUGCCAACCGCUCGGCCGCACGUUGCUCCAUGGGCAAGGCGGACCAGGCGCUGGAGGAUGCGGAAGCUUGUGUGGCACUGAAUGCCACGCACGCAAAGGGAUUUUUCCGGAAGGCACAAGCGCUUGUCAAGUUGAGACGCUUUAAAGAGGCGCUGGUCGCCCUUGACAACGCCAAGACUCUGGAGCCCAGCAACAAGUCGGUAAUGACGCUGUACACAAAGGUGCAGGAACUGGCCAAGAACCAAAAGGAAGCACCGAUCAUGUCAGCUCCUAAGAAGGUGGUGACGCGCAUGGAAGUAGUACCGUCCAGCUCUUCUACUACUACCCCAGAGACGACCACUUCAACAGCUGCUAGUUCUACAGUCGUGGAUGAUGACGCUGAAAUUGCCGGUCACGUCCGUGGCUAUAAGACGUUGGCAGAUGGACGCGUUACCACGUUCUUUAACAAUGAGCUCACAGAGGAAGCAAAGCAGCUCAUUGGCGACAUUGCCCCCAAGAAAGUGGAGGAUCCUAACAAGGUGCAAAUUAAGAGUGUAAAUGGUGGAUCGGCCUGGAAUCAGGGCAACACUUUUGAAGAAAAGGACAUGACGGCAUGGGCCAAGAACAAGUUGGAGAAGAUUGUCUCGGGGAUCUCGGCUCCUUUAGGCACAGGCGAAGGUGUCGUGACCUCACUGGAAGUGUCAAACCUCGAGGGGGAUGCGUCAAUUGCGGUAGUGCGUGGUGCAAAGCGUUACAUCUUUGACUUUGCAUUCACAUUGGCGUGUACGUUGAAACAAGGAGACGAUCUGGUGACGGGUGAUUUGAAAUUUCUGGACUUGAGCUCGGAUUGCGGUGGUGAUUACGAUGUAGAGGCUAUUGUUCCUUCUCGUUAUCAGUCGGAAGGUGGGAAGGCGCUGCAUGCAGCACUCAACUCGUCGUCAUCGCCGUUCCGCAAGGCUCUUGCUGCCCAAUUAGCGUCAUUCGUACAGGAUUACCACACGUUUUAA